UAUCAAAAAAAUAUUUUCUUUAAAGCUAACAUUGCAAACAAAUUGAUAUCAUCAGCAUCGAAUUGGGGUUACUGAAAAUAGAUCGGACGCAAUGAAACUGUUUCAUUUUACCGUUAUGCUAGCGGCGUUUAGCGUUUGCUUAGUUCAUUGCAAAACACAAAAAAGUCCCGUUAUUGAUAAUAUCAAUGACAUGAAAGAACUGAAAAAGCUGUUUCGCACGAAAACAAAUGUACUGAUAAUGUUCGUGUCUAGUGUAAAGGAAAACAACGCAGUUCUUGCGUCUUUCAGGGAAGCUGCACAAACCGUGCGAGGCCAGGGAACGCUGGUUCUAUUUGAUUGUAGCAAUUCGGAGGUGAAAAAAAUUUGCAAAAAACUCAAAGCAAAUCCUGCCCCAUACGCGUUGAAACACUUUAAGGAUGGCGAUUUUCACAAGGACUACGAUCGUCAGCUGACGUCAACCAGCAUAGUUAACUUUAUGCGUGAUCCUACUGGCGAUCUCCCGUGGGAGGAGGAUCCGAUCGGAGUUGAUGUGCAUCAUGUCCCCGAUGCUGUGUCCUUAGGGAAGUUUUUAAAGAAAGAACUAAAACCUGUCUUGGUGAUGUUUUACGCACCGUGGUGUGGUUUCUGUAAGACGCUAAAACCAGAAUUCUCUGCAGCAGCCACGGAACUUAAAGGGCGCUAUGUGCUGGCAGCGAUUGAUGUGAACAGACCGGAAAAUUCAAUCAUCCGCAAACAAUACAAUAUAACCGGUUUCCCAACUCUACUUUACUACGAAAACGGUCGAAUGAAAUACACGUUUGAAGGAGAGAACAAUAAAGCCGGAAUAGUGGCCUUUAUGAAAAAUCCUGCCGCUCCUCCACCAACGAAGCCAAAGGAACCCGAUUGGGCGUCGGAGAGCUCAUCUGAAAUCGUGCACCUGACGGCGGGAAAUUUCGAGCCAGCUUUGAAGGAUGAGAAAUCUGUAUUAGUAAUGUUCUACGCACCGUGGUGCGGCCAUUGCAAAAAAAUGAAACCCGAGUAUGAAAAGGCGGCAGAAAUUAUGAAAUCUAAGAACAUCCCCGGCGUUCUAGCAGCGCUGGACGCAACCAAGGAAGCAUCCGUGGGACAACAAUACGGCGUAAAAGGAUAUCCAACGGUGAAAUAUUUCAGCAACGGAGAAUUUAAAUUCGACGUUAAUGUACGAGAUGCUGAAAAAAUAGUUGAAUUUAUGCAGAAACCAAUUGAACCUCCUCCACCACCAGCUCCGGAAGCUCCUUGGGAGGAUGAAGCUUCUGACGUAGUACAUUUAAACGACGAAACAUUCAAACCGUUCCUUAAAAAGAAGAAGCACGUGCUAGUAAUGUUCUAUGCUCCAUGGUGCGGUCACUGUAAGCGCGCGAAACCGGAAUUCACUCGAGCAGCAGAACAUUUUAAGGAAGACCCAAAAACAGAACUUGCCGCAGUGGACUGUACCCGUUACAGUUCAGUUUGCUCUUCCUUUGAAGUACGCGGAUAUCCAACGUUCAAAUACUUUAGCUACCUUAAGACAGUACGCGAGUACAACGGUGGUAGAACGGAGACUGAUUUUAUUACCUACCUAAAAAAUCCCAACGCUGCCCCUGCAAAGACUGAUAAACCCGCCGAGCCGUUUGGAGAUUUUCCCGGUUCGGACAAGAUACUUUUCCUAACAGACGACAACUUUCAGGAAGUAGUCAAGCUUGAAUCUAAACUACUGAUUAUGUUCUACGCACCAUGGUGUGGCCAUUGCAAACAUAUGAAACCUGAAUUUGCAAAAGUAGCAGAACUGUUGGCUCUAGAGAAACUGCCAGCGAAAGUGGCCGCUCUAGAUUGUACGAUCCACACGAAAACAGCGGAACAAUUUCAAAUUCGUGGAUAUCCCACGCUCAAAUAUUAUUCCAAAGGUCAAUUUCAACGAAACUACGACGGAAAACGAACAGCGCAGGAUAUGUUACAAUUCCUCCGGUCCAGUGGCUCAAAUGUGAAGGAGGAAUUGUGAUUCAGUUCGCAAUUGCUAUCAACGGUUUACUUUUUCUGUUUAAUUUGUUAAUUCGCUAUCGUAACAUCCUAAGAAUACCGGAGACUACCAUGUCACUCACAUAAUCUGAUUAACAGUUCUCACAACUCUUAGGUUUAGUAACAUCUUUCUACCUCUUGUCUUGAAGUUCUAAUUGUUCUUUAUUUACUAAGUGUAUAUAUUAUCGUCUUUGUGUCUUGUAUUAGGUACGUGCAUUUUUAUAGCCGUUACUAUGAACGCGUAAUAACAGGUUCCAUCAGUUUCUAAAGCCUGUGGUAUUUAGCCAAGGUAAGAAAUAAAUCUCACUGUCAGCAUGAACACGAGAAAAAUGUCUAUAACUUUCGUCAUCAAAAAAUUGAACGAAGUUCUAAUAAGCACUCUGGAUUACGCUAGUGUUGUAAUUUUAAAGCCCGGAAUCUCACAAGGCUGCGACUUUGUGCAAACGUUUCUGAACCAUCUAUUUUAAUAACAAAUUCCAAUGAUUAUAGCACAAAAAAGUAACUGUCCAUGAUAAACAAAUUUCAUUUAUGGACGUGUUUGUGUUCAAAAA